AUGCCAGCAAAAACUAGUAGUCAACUUCUGCCCUCCCAGCCAAAAAUACAGCAACAAAAACAAUUGAGCAAAAAAAGAAGGACCUUCCGAACUUAUUUUGGCGGUAAAGUCUCCUCACCACUAACGAAAACCCAGCAAAAACAGUUAGAGAAAAAUGAACUUCAUAAUAUGUUAGAACAAAAAGGAGUUAACCUCGCUGAGGAUGGACUAGUUGGUUCUGGCUUGGGAAAAGAUGAAAAUUCUAAUAAUCAAACUGAAAUUGAAUUCAACCAGUUGUCAAGAAUGACAGCUAACGCGAGUGAAGUAGAAGACAACUCCGACACAACCUUAGUUUUUGGUGGCUAUCCAAUACUUAUGAUGCAUGAACUGGAUCGUGAAACUGCUAAGAAUUGCACGAUCAGUUUUUUUACUCUUUAUACCGAUAGUCCUGGUUGUGGAGAUGAUUUUCCUAUUGGCAUUUUAACUUCUUCUCUUUGUUCUCCAGUAGCUGAUGGUGAAACCAAUGUAGUUAAUGUUUUCACUCGAGAUAAGUUGUUAUAUUUAGGUGAUUUAAUGUAUAUGACUUUUGGUGAAAAUAAUGAAGUUAAUGAUUUUGAUUAUGCUCUCGCAGAUGUUUUUA